GAGGAGCAGUUGGGAAAGUGUUUUGGUGCAUUGUGAAAUGUCCGGCUGUUUGUGUGCAGCGUGUAAAGUGGUGGUCAAGGGGGUCUUGCAGCUUUUGUUUGAAGUCCGCGGCACGUUGUGCAUUUUCAGUGAGGAGGCGCUGCGGCCAGUGCACGUCCACCCCGCUUACGGAGGUGCAGUCGGCGUCCAGUGCAGCCGAAAACCUGAGUUCAGCUUGGUUUAAAGUACAGCGCGCGUCACACAGCACUAUUUUUGACUUCAGUCUCACUAUUGCGAGCUUUUUGACUUCAGUCUCACUAUUGCAUUCCAAUGCACUCCACCACGGAUGAACCCCGAUAUGCGAAAAGGUACAGGCAAGGCUGCCCUUGGAUCCUAAGCAUUGUACUGCUUCGUCGAAACUUUUUUCGCAAACCACUUUUGAGAUAACGCAUUUUUAUGCGUCACUACUUUGUGAUAUUCGUUAAUCGAAGCCUGACUGGGCCGCGAGGAUCUGAAAAACUACAGGAUGCUUGCAACUACUGAUGUCAAGCUCUCAGAUUGUUCCAAAUACUGCUGUAAGACGUUGAUGUCUUGUAUAUGCAAAAUUCUUACUUGAAGAGAGAAAUCAACAUGGCUUUGGCUGGAUGUCCAGACUCCUUUCUACACCAUCCUUAUUAUCAGGAAGAUGUAGAUCGGACAUCACACAGAACUAGGGAGGCAAUUGGAGCUAGUUUCCAAGCUUCAUGCAGUCACAAUUCAUCUAAUAAUCAAGAUGAUGAUGUAGACCUUGAGGCUUUGGUGAAUGAUAUGAACUCCUCAUUUGACAGUUUGUAUUCAGUAUGUUGCAAUCAAUCAGAAACAAUUCCACUUAUUCAUAAUGAUCAGCCUGCUUGCAAUCAGCUGACGAGUUCAGGAACAAAUUCGCCACAGCCAACAUCACCAAGGCAGAAGCUGCAACGUUCUCAGCCAAUGCACAUUCUGGCAGUUCGAAGACUACAAGAAGAAGAUCAGUUCCGUACAUCAUCAUUGCCUGCCAUCCCAAAUCCGUUUCCAGAGCUCUGCAGCCCUGCUGGCUCUCCAGUGUUGACUCCUAGUUCCAUGCCUCAGAGUCCACCUACCCAUAAUCAUGUUAUUAAAGUUUUUAGUGAAGAUGGAACAAGCAAAGCAAUUGAACUUCCAUCUGACAAGACUGCCAGAGAUGUCUGCCAGCUGUUGAUUUAUAGAUGCCAUUGUGUUGAUGACAAUAGCUGGACUUUAAUUGAACAUCACCCGCAUCUAGGUCUAGAAAGAUGUUUGGAGGAUCAUGAACUUGUAUUGCACGUACAAUCCACAUGGACAAUGGGAAAUGAAAGCAAAUUUAUUCAGAAAAACUAUGCCAAAUAUGAAUUUUUUAAGCAUCCAGUGAGCUUCUUUCCGGAGCAGAUGGUGUCCUGUUGCCAGGAAUUAAAUGGAAGUAAUCCACAUUCACAGCUCAUGCAGAACUUCUUGAACUCCAGCAGUUGCCCAGAAAUUCAAGGAUCCUUGCAUGUGAAAGAAUUGGGGAAAAAGUCUUGGAAGAAACUGUGUGUUUUUUUACGAAGGUCAGGUCUUUACUUCUCCUCAAAAGGAGCUUCAAAGGAACCAAGACAUCUGCAGCUGUUAGCUGACAUUGAAGAUAAUAAUGUAUUUUCAUUAAUAGCUGGAAAGAAAACAUACAGUGCACCAACUGACUAUGGUUUCUGUAUAAAGCCCAUGAAAAUGAGAAAUGAAACAAAAGACCUUCGGUUGUUUUGUGCAGAAGAUGAACAGACUAGGACAUGUUGGAUGACAGCUUUUCGACUCUUUAAGUAUGGAAUUCUUUUGUACCAGAACUUCCGGAUACCUCAACAGAGGAAAACAUUGCUAUCUCACUUUUCCACACCAGCGAGAAGCAUAUCGGAAAAUUCUUUGGUAGCUAUGGACUUCUCUGGUCAGACAGGUCGUGUUAUUGAAGAUCCUGCAGAGGCCCAAAGUGCAGCUGUCGAAGAAGGUCAAACAUGGAGGAAACGUAGUCAACGCAUGAACACAUUGGGUAGUUCAAGUCCUUUACAUCCUCCCACGCUCAGUCACACUAUUCACAGGACUCAACCGUGGUUUCAUGGACGCAUCACUCGUAAAGAAGCUCAUAGUAUUAUUGAAAAGCAUGGCCCUGUGGAUGGGUUAUUUCUUUUGAGAGAUAGUCAGAGUAACCCAAAGACAUUUGUGCUAACAUUGUACUGUCAACUGAAGAUCAGACAUUUCCAAAUAUUACCGUGUGAAGAAAAUGGACAGCUUGUCUUCAGUCUUGAUGAUGGAAAUACCAGAUUUACUGAUCUUAUCCAACUUGUUGAAUUUUAUCAACUGAACCGAGGAAUUCUUCCUUGUAAACUAAAGCAUUACUGUGCCCAGAUUUCUUUAUGAUAAUUGAUUUGAAUUAACUAUGACAGGAAAUGCUACCUUAUCCUCUGUGUCAACUUUGGGAUCUUUUGGAGAAAAAGAAGUGCAUUCUCCAACAAAACUGUGAAAUCAAGUAAAAGCAUAAAUUGAAGACUAAAUUGAGGCUGUACCUGUUCACAAAGACGUGGUAAUAAUGCAGAAGGUGGUGUGAGUGACUGAGUAUUUUCAAGUUUCAUUAGUCACUUUGUACAUUCUGAUAACGAUAUUCAAGAUGAACUACAUAAACUGUAUAUUACAGCAAAAAAACUUGACUAUAGCACCUGCUCUGGGGUAAUCUUGAUACUGUAUUUGAAUUAAAGAAAAAUGAAUUUAUAUUCUAAAAUGGACAAUUUGUCCAUUCAAAAUUUUUUAAAAAUGGCAUUGCUGAAGAGACUUAUGAUUUCCUACAGCACUUAUGUUUUUAUUUGCUUCCUGAAUGCAAUCUAUUGUGAAUUAUUUCCAGGUGUAGACAUCUUGAAAGAAUAGAGAGUUAUGUAACUGCUGCUUUUGGAAGCUAACAUAGAGCCAUUUUACAAUAUCUACAAUCUCAUCAUAAGACAUUCACUGUCCAAAGUCAAGUAAUGAAUAGGUCAAGAAAGAAUUCAGAUCCAACACAUUUUACUGCUGUGAACUAAGUUCUUUAAAUCAAGUUAUGAAGUUAUGGUGGAUUAAAGUUAAGUCAGUUUGAAGUACUGUGUGGAAUUUAUUGAAAAGCUGACGAGUAUAAAGUAAAUGCAGGCACUAUGGACGACAAACUUGGAUUCAGGUGGAAAACUAACAAUUGCAGCUGAUCACUUGUACGUUGAUUUCAAUGGGAAAGGAAAUUAGUUUGGGUGUAUAAGGGCUGUUCAAUUGGCAAAUGCCAGUUUACUACUCAUAGGGAAAAUGAAAAUUGUCUCUCAUACUUCUGGACUAGACAUCCAGAUAAAUAUCAGAUAAUGUAGCAUUAUUAUUUGGAUUUUGUUCUAUCUUUUGAGAAUUUUCUGCACUGCACCAGAUACCAUUUCUCUUCUGCUAAGGUUUAACUGAUGGUUAAACAAUUAAGUGGUAUUGGUUUCAUUGUGGUGUUUGCCCUGCUAAGGUAUUGCAUUGUCCAGCCCUGGUAAUCAAGAUCAUUUAUGGUGUGCAGGUUAGAGCCUUUUAGUUAUCAGAUCACCAAAAUAAAACUUUUUAUUGCAAUUACACAAAAGCACUAUAAAUGUUUUCAAAUGUAUUGAAUCCAUUUCUAAAAUAGGAAUGUUAUAAGAUUAAUGACUUCAUUUCAGAUGGCACAGCAAUGUAAAGCUACCAAAUUGUUUUCCAAAUGCAGUUCUAAUUAACCAGCUAUUAAGACAGCCCUAUAUCGAAAGAAUGUGUAGAAGUAGAAUACUACAGUUUAUGAGUUACAUUUUCGGCUCAUAAUUGAUUUUCUUACAAAAUUUGUCAACUUGCGAAGAGAUUUUAUUUGAGUUUAACAAUGUUGUGUAUGUUCCUUUACUAUAAGUAAAUAGAGUUCAUUUCUGAUCAUUUUUGUCACAAAGUGCCCCUUCAAAUAAUGGUUGCCUAAUGUACCCCAUACUAUAUAUACAUGUGCGCUUUUGUAAUAAUUUGCAUAAAUUGCUCUACGCAGUCAAUGCUGGGGUGAAGGCGUUUCAAUUUAACAAAGUAUCUCUGGAUCUACAAAAUAUAUUCAAAAUUUCUGAAUAUUUUUGAGAACAGGAUCCUGACAUGUUAUCUGUAACCAUGAAGCCAGGAUUUUUAAAUCAGUAUUGCAUCAUUUUUGCAUAUUUAUGAAUGUAAAUUGUAUUUAAUUUUAGAGGUAAAAGGUUGUAGGAGCCCUUAUGAUAAUGUGACGGUUAAUGUUUUGAACAUUCAAUAGUUACUCAUCAUUUAGUUCUGUCCAUUAGUUCAGCAGGUAAUAUGCAUAUACUACUAAUUAUAUUCUUAUUAUCAGCUUGACUGAGCUCUUCUACUGAAAUUCUGACAGGGUUUCAAUCUGACUGGCCCAACAAUCUGGCUGGCUAUCAAUAAAAAGCCAAUGACUGAUAUUUUAUUUUUGUAUUUGUGAUAUGAAUGUACAGUAAAAGGAGACUCUCAGGGUUGAUGAAGCCUGUUGAUUUUUUUUCUUGGUCUGUGAAGAAAAAAGAAUCACAAUAUAACACGUCGUGUUUGGCUUAAGAAGAAUAUACCAAAUAUGUUUGGUUAUUAACCUACACAUUGAUAUAUUUGUCUACAUUUAACAGCAAACUAAUUUACACAUCAAAAUGAAACUAGGUAAUGCGCUUCAGUUUGUAUGAGUCUAUUCCUCAAUAUGUUUCUGCAUGAAGAUAUAAUCAAUCAUUUGACCAAUCAACGCAUCCUUCCAUUGAUGGAAUUUGCUCAUCAUCAAUUAAGUUUCACAUAAUGCAAAACUGAUGACUAGGAAAUAGAAUGCAGCAAACCUUUUUUUCCAGGGAAUGCUUGAAGGUAUUAACUUUUUAAAUGGAAAUCUGUAUUCAUAAUAUGCUUGAUGUAAAUAGCUAAGGCUUGUGAACUUAACUGUAACUGUCCAGGUAUUUUUGUAUAAAUAAGGGACUGAUAUAUUCUGUUUAUUGUAAUUAGAAAUAAACAUUAAUGCAAACUUUG